GUGGGGAGGGGAGGGGCGCUGUCCCCGCACAGCAUGCUGGGAAGCGGCCCGGAGCCUGUCCUCCCCGUGGACGAGCCGGUGAGGCUGCGAGGUCGUAAGGGUGACAGGCGGGGAUAGAAAAAGGGUUGGUGAAAAGCUGCCUUGCCAGAUACUGCGGGAAGAAAGGCGGGAGACCGCGCGGGGCAUCCCGGGAGCAAGGGCCGGGCCGGCCUUGGGCGCGGGGCAUUGUGGGAGGUGGACGCUGCUCCGGGUUGCGUAGGGUCCCAGGAUGGAGCUGACAGAACCCCCACCAGGCACAGCAGUACAGAAGGAGGAACAGGAAUUGUUGGAUCGAACCUUCUUCUCAUGGGCUGAGUUCAGCCGCUUCUUCGACAAGUGGUGCCAGCAACGGCUGGUGGUCUUCUCGGUGAAGAGCUCCACACAUGUGGCACGCAGCCCCUGGGCCAGCGCGCCCCCACUCUACAGGCUCAUCCACGUGCUCAAGUACAGCUACGUGCUGCUGGUGUGCAAGGAUGUGCGCAUGCCCAACCAGUCCACAGCGUGGCCUCCCCAGCCCAGCUGCCCAGCCUUCAUCACUGUCAAGCUGAGCCCUUUGCGGGAUCGACUCGUGGUGUCUGAGUGCCAGCUGACCCACUCGCACCCCGCCUGCCCACGCGAGUUUGCCUACCACUUCCGCCCGGGCCAUUUGCUGGCCAAUGCCUGCCUGCCUGUCCGCAUCACCAACCAGAUCUCCAAGCAGUUUGUGGCCCCUGCUGAUGUGCGCCGCCUGCUGUCCCACUGCAAGGGCCCAGACCAUGGGGUCCUGGAUGCCCUGCAAGUGCUUGAGGGGCUCUUCCGCACAGAUCCGGAGGCCAAGGUGAAACUGGUGUUUGUAGAGGACCAAGCAAUGGUGGAAACGGUGUUCCUCCUGACAUCACGCACCAGGGCGCUGUUGCGGCGCUUCCCGCGCAUCUUGUUGGUUGACAGGCUGCCUGGGCUGCAGGGCACGCUGGAUUUGAUGGCAGUGCUGUGCGUGGACAGCGCAGGACGUGCGCGCCAGACCGCCUGUUGCGUGGCGCGCCCCGGCACGCCUAGCCUGCUGAGGUUCAUGCUGGUCUCCCUGCUGCAAAGCGCUCCGGACGUCAAAGGCCGCGUGCGCUGCCUUACAGCUGGACCUGAGGUGGCUGGGCAGCUGCGUGCAGUUCGCCAACUGUUGCCGUGUGCGCGCGUUCAGAUCUGUCGAGCUCAGGGUCUGGAGACUCUCUUCAGUAAAGCACAGGAGUUGGGCGGUGCCAGCCAGGAGGAUCCAGACCUAUGGCCACUCCUCUGCCGCCUAGCAGAUUCAAAAUCCUAUACAGCUUACAGUGAGGCGCUGGCUGAGCUACGUUCCCAGGCUCCAACUGCCUUCAUCAGAUACUUUGAGCAUAACUGGGCACCCCGCCACGACAUGUGGGUACGUUUCCGUGCCUACGAAGCAACCCGUGACCUGGAUGCCUGUGCUCUAGUGCGUGGACAUCGAAGGCGACUUCUUCGUCGCCUCAGCCCUUCACACAGUGUGGCUCAGUGCCUUCGCGACCUAGUAGCCAUGCAGUGGGCUGAUGCGACUGGAGAGGCAGCCUCCGAGGGUGCUCAUGGUGACAGAGUGUUGCUGGAGAGUGAGUCUAGGAAUAGGGCACAGAUGGAGAAAGAGAAGGUGAGGGGUACAGAGGCCAGCAACUGGAGGGGGUCUGAGCGAGAAAGUGAGAAGGGAAAGGGAUUACAGUUGAGAGAUGGUCUCUGGUUGGAGAACCAGAAGGUGAGGGGCUCUGAAGGGACAGGAGCCCAGCUGGAAAAAGAGCACUUGAAAGGGCCAGAGGUCAGAGACUGGAGGGGAACCCAGGUGGAGGAUGGAAGAGUCAGGGUUCUGGGGCCCACAGACCAGAGAGGCGCCCAGGUUGAGUCUGAGGAGACCAAAAGUCUUGAAGGAAGUCCCUGGAGGGACAUCAAAUUGCAAGAGGAGACGGCACGUCCGCCGAAACCUCGAGAUUGGAAAGGGCCACAGUUUGACAUGGAGAAGGGGCUAGACAUUAGAAAGUGGGGGGAUGGCCAUGUGGAGAAACUCUUAGAGUGGGUCCCUGAGAAUGGAGAUCAGAGGGGACCCCAGUGGGCCGGUGAGGGGCAGAAAGGAUCAGAGAUUGCAGAGGAGAGAGGUGGGAGGUUUCAGGUCAAAAGAAGACGAGGCCUGGAGGACAUUGUUGUUGUUCAUCUGGAGGACGCAAGAGCUACAGGCAUAGCAAAUGGAGACGAAGGGGGGCCCCGAACUGUGGGUUCCAAGAAUGAAGGACAGCAGAUGGAAUUUGGGGACCUAGGGGGGAGGCUUCCAGGGAUGGGGAAUGGUGUACCAUGCACCACCCCUGUGCGGACUGUGUUGGAGGGCAAUCCAGAAUGGUCAGUGACAAGGGUGGAGUCCCUGGCUGCAGGGGAGAUAGUACAAGGCGGAGGUGAAGAAGGCCCUGGGGAGCCAAAGAGGCUUUGCCGCCCCUGCAGAGAUGAGGGGGUGGACUGCGAGCCACUAGCCAAGUUCCGAGCUGCCUGCGGACCAGAACUGACAGACCUAGUAGCCGAGGAGCUGGCCUUCGCAAGACAGCACGGAACCCGAGGUUUCCACUGGACCGGAACUGGCUUUGCCCUUAAGGAUGGCACCUCAGACUUCUUCCUGGAUGGGGCCCUGACACAGUGCAGCUGCUCGAUCCAUGCUGCCAGACGCCUGCCCUGCAGACACCUUUUUGCUGCUCGUCUCCUCACAGGGGCAGCCUUGUUUCACAUGGACUUGCUCAGAGAUUGCUGGAGGAGAUCCCAGGAACCCUGACCCUGUGCACCCCUGCCUGCUACCCUCCACAUGGAGGGCAGGAACAUAUUCUUUGAUCCCAAAGAUAACAGGGCUCAUGCCCAAUGGGACAUCCCAGCCCUUCUAAUCACUUGAGACAUCUAAGGACCUCCUCUUGGCCCUCUUCUUUUACAUCCUAUGGGAUGCUGACUAUGGUCUCUGAGAUCCUGGAGCCACACCUGUGGGAAGUGCUAAUGGCCCGGGCACAUUAAAAGGACAUUGCUCAGGAGAAGAAUACAUGAGGAGAGGUGUAGACAGGAUCAGCCAAGACAGAAAACAAGAAAGGGACAGAGCUGGGACAGGGAAGGCUCAGUGGAGGUCACAUAAAGAAGCCAAGGUAUGGGAACACUGACAAGUAAACUGAGAGUCCUGGAGACUACAAGAUUGAAACCGGAGAGGCCAGGGAGAAUGAACAAGACUGAAGGAGAAGAGAAAAGAUAGAAAGGGGAGACUUCUGGGGGAAAGGGGGAGAAGAGAUAGGAGGGAGGGUAAGUGAUAGGACUGAGGAAGUGAAACACUGAACAGAGGGUGGAGGGGGAGGAGACAAUUUUAAAGGAACAUGACAAAGCAUAGGAAGAGAAAAGAUGAUAGUAUGACCUGGGGACUUGGCCAUUUCUCGGGGUGGGGCAGAGGAGAUGGCUCUGAAGAUCUAGUGGGACAACCUAAAGACUGCCUCGGAGGGAAGGGAACUAAUUGAAUGGCUGUGCUUUGACAUUGGAAUAAACAGCAUUAUUUUG